GUUUGUAGAGUUUCUGAAAUGAACCGGACUGGGAGAAGGUGAAGGUGUGUGUGAAGCAGAUGGAGUGUUAGUUAGCGAUCAUGUGCCCCUGAUGAAUGUUAAUUAUUGAUUGGGUGAAGAAUAAAUAAUUGAAAAUGCAAAUGUGCGCGCAUAACAAUAGCACGCCCACUAGACAAGGAGCUCAGGCUGGCUGACCAAUCACAGAGCUGGGUUUCUGAGCGCUUCUGCUUAGCGACCAAUGCGAAUGAGAGCAGCUCGGUUUCCUGUUUGGGUUUCGCAGCCCGUUAUAAAGCUAAAGCCUGUGCUGGAAUGGGAAUAAACUGAUGAUAUUAUUUAUGAAGGACGGGAUGGAUACUGCCCUGCUGCUGCUGCAGACCCAGUAGUGAAUACAAGUUAAAGCAUUUCCAGGUGGCCUGUCAUGCCAGGAUCCCUCCUGUGGGCAGUAGAUGUGUAUGGGAGGGUAUUCAGGCUCUGCUCCACUGGCGGGCGCUGGGAACGCAGUAAAGAUGUGCUGCUUGAGCUGAAACGGGUCACCGCUGCAGAGCAGGGCUGCUGGGGCAUUGGCUGUGAUCAUCAGGUGUACCUGAAUGUGCUCCCAAGUGAUGUGGCCAUACGCCAUCAAGAGGAGACUUAUGAGAACCAGAGAUGGAACCCAGUUGAGGGAUACACAGACACGCUGCUGCCCACAGACCGCUGGCAGUGGACGGAUGAGUCCGGACAGAAACCACAACCUCUCCACAGCUUCCACCUGCCGUCUGAUAACUGGGAGUGGGAGGGGGACUGGUAUGUGGAUGAUGAGAGCUGUGGGAGAGAGUCCACUGCAACUGGGGGCUGGGAGUAUGCUGUAGACUUCCCUGCCACCUUCACCAAAGAGAAGAAAUGGAACUCGUGUGUUCGUCGCAGGCGAUGGCUUCGCUACAGGAGAUAUAAAGCACGUGGGUCCUGGGCCAAGGUGCCUUUAGACAGGGGCCAGCCUCCCCCAGAGCCCUUCACUGAUAUUACCUGUGGAGGCUGGGAGAUCAGUGAUAGUCCAGAGAAGCACAUCUGUCUGUGGGCCGUGUCUCAACAAGGGAAGGUAUGGUUCCGUACAGGCGUCAAGCAGCAGAACCCAGAAGGGACAGCCUGGGAGAACAUCCCUGUACCCAAAGAGGUGUCCCAAAUCAGUGCAGGUCCAGGGGAUCUGCUGUGGGCUGUGCUGUGGGACGGACAGCUGUUGGUCAGAACCGGCAUUAGCAAGGACUGUCCCAAAGGUGUAUCAUGGGUGACAGUGGAUCCUCCGAGCAAGGCCGGAGCGAUUCACACAGCAGUGGGGGUUAACGUUGUUUGGGCAGUCACCAAGGAUAACAAAGUGUGGUUCAGAAGAGGAGUGAACUCCCAUAACUCCUGCGGCUUAGGCUGGAUCAGUAUUGGUGGAGAGAUGGUGAUGAUCAGCGUGGGGCCCAAUGACCAGGUGUGGGGGGUCGGCAGCGAGGACAGGACUAUUUAUUUCCGACACGGGGUGACCCCCACCGAGGUUACCGGGAAGACAUGGGCCCCUGUGUGUGCCCAACUGGACAGCAGUCAUUCCACAAACAGGCCCAGUGAUGGCAGCUUCUUCAGCGGUCAGCUCACCGGCCCUUCUCAGGGCUCCGUGCUCUCCUGCGAAGACUCUGAUGUCCCCAGGCCGCACAUCCCCAAGAUCACCAGCGAUAGCUUCAUCUCAGCCCUGGUGGCUGACCGCAGUGCUCCUCCGGAGGCUUCUGCUGAAGCACCUAGCCCUGCUACACCUGAUGUGCAGGACCAGGAUGACCCACAGGAGGCUCCAGUAGAGGGCGAUGCUCCUGCCCAGCCCCCAUUACUCCAAUCCAGCCAGCUGAAUGGAGGUGAGCUGCCCUGGAGUAAUGUGGAUCUGGAGGAGCUGAAAAGUCCUCCAGCCAGUGCUGUGCAAAGCUCUGUGGCCACAUACCACAUGGAUCUGGGAGCCAUUGUAGAGCAGGAGGAGGCGCCACCGUGGGCCUGGAUCACAGGAGGAGGAUGUACGAUAGACUCUAAUUCUACCAUCAGCUGGCUGGAAUCUGCAGAUACAGGCCUGCUAUCGCCCUCCAUCACUCCUGCUCUUGGUGCAGCAGCUGCUCAGGGCCCUCUGGCAGAGAAAGCACUGCAAGAAAAAGAGAAAACUUUAGAGAAGUCUGUGAGUGUGAGAAAAGGUGUGAUGCGCUGGUGGAGGGACUGGCCGCCACAGCAGUGGGAGGAGGUGGGCGUGACUCUAGAGCGGGUCAGAGGGGGUGGAGCUCCUCGGGACGACAUCCUCUACAUCUCCUAUACUCACAUCGAGGAGAGGAGGUAUCUGUAUGCUGUGAUCAGGGAGGUGACUGCUCUCGUUCCGGUACUGUGGGAGUCUUUAUUCGCUCUGGCUGUUUAUACAGCUGAGAGGACCAGGCAGAGGUGGCCUAUUCUACUGGCUACAGAGUCCCACCAUGAUUUGGAAAACUGGCUGUCUCUGUUAAGUGAGUCAUGCUGUGAGUCCAGAGCUCUCCGGUCUCCUCCGUCCAAACAAGCCCUGUGGGCCCUCACCUCCAAAGGAGACAUCAUGGUGCAUGACCCGCUGCCCAGCCUGGAAGCCCCCGCCCAGUACUUACCCUGUGACCAGAUGUUCUGGCGGCAGGUUCCUGGUCACCUGCUUUGUGUGGAGUCUAACAGUCUGGGUGUGGUGUGGGGCAUCGGCUAUGACCACACAGCCUGGGUCUACACGGGGGGCUGCAGGGGAAACCAAACUCAGGGUACUGAAGUAAGUCCACACGCACAGACUGAUGUUAGAAACGUCUGCAUCUACGAGAACCAGCGCUGGAAUCCUGUAACAGGAUACACAGAUAAGGGCCUUCCCACAGACCGCUACAUGUGGAGCGAUGCUCUGGGACUGAAGGAAUGCACCAAAGAGAACACCACACCACCCUCACCACUGUGGACAUGGGUAUCAGACUGGGCUGUUGACUAUAGCACUCCUGGAGGAGCAGAUAAAGAAGGCUGGCAGUAUGCGGCAGAUUUCCCAGUAACAUUUCACGGCUAUAAGACCAUGAAAGACUUUGUGAGACGAAGACGAUGGGUCAGGAAAUGUAAGAUCACGUUAGCGGGGCCUUGGCAGAAAGUCCCGCCCAUCCCGCUGAUUGACGUCACCAUCCUGCCGUGUCUGGCGCAGAGCAGUCUGGAGCAGGUGCCUGUGUGGGCCAUCAGUGAGAAGGGGGACGUGCUGUGCCGCCUGGGAGUCAACACUCAGAACCCAGCUGGCAGCUCGUGGCUUCAUGUGGGGACAGAUCAGCCCUUUAAGUCCAUCUGCAUCGGAGGAGGCCACCAGGUUUGGGCCAUCGCCCGGGACGGAGCUGUCUUCUACCGUGGCUCUGUAUCGUCCCAAAACCCUGCAGGCGAGUGCUGGUACCACAUUCCUUCACCCCCCAGACAGAACCUCAGGCAGGUGUCAGUGGGCCGGACCUCGGUGUAUGCUGUGGAUGAAAACUGUAAUCUGUGGUACAGGCAGGGUCUGACCCCCAGUUAUCCUCAGGGAUCCGCAUGGGAGCUCAUCUCCAAUAAUGUGAUCAGGGUCUCUGUUGGACCGCUGGACCAGGUUUGGAUUAUAGCUGAUAAAGUCCCGGGUUAUCCUACAGAAAGCUCCGGCACCGUGUGCCACAGACUGGGAGUGCGGCCCAUGCAGCCUAAAGGCCUGUCCUGGGAUUUUGGAAUUGGGGGAGGGUGGGAGCACCUGUCAGUCAGAGGGAAUUCCACAGAGGCUCAGCGGAGUUCCUCGCAGCCCCCUGCCCAGCAGGAGCCAGGCGCAGGUGCAGACGCAGGUGAAUGGGAAUGCUGCGGGAUGUUAAACCCCGCCCACCUUCCACAUCCUCCUAACGACUGCCUGUCCCGCAUGCCUCAGUCCGUCCACUGCUCUGGACUGUCACUCCCUCAACCCCCCCACCCCACCUUACAGAACACAGCCUCUGUUCUACCGUACGUGACUUUCAUUUCCUGCUCUUUUCUUUCUUUGUGUUUGUUUUGUUUUAUUUAUUUAUUUGUUUGUUUGUUUUGAACGUUUGCAUGAUUUCUGAACAGAAAUUAUUUAUAAAAGAUGAGGGGAUGCCUGCUGUUGGAUGUACUUACCAUAGCAUGUUUAUUUCUAUUUUAUUUAAUAUUCUAAUUAUUUAUUUUUAUUUAAGGUGAUUCAUGGUCUGUUUAUUUUAUUUGAUUUAUUUAUUAAUUUAUUCCAUUUUAUCACUUUUUCUUCCUUUCCCACCACAUUAUUGCUGUGCUGUAGUGACGCUGUAUGUCUGUGUAUGUCUUCUUACACAUCAAACAACACAAAGGAUUACAGUGUAUUCUGAUCUUUAAAAAAAAGUUAACAGAAAUGAGUGAGUAUUAUUUUAUCAAUAAAUAAUAU